AUGACCAAAACCCCCGCAUCCGGUCAACCGCUAAAGUUCAAACCUUUGGCUUUGCCACCAAAGUUGACGAACGGUGAUUUCAACGAAUUCAUCCAAGAGGUCAUUGAACUUGUCGGCACCGAAAAUGUUGAAGUCAUAACCUCGAAGGACCAGAUUGAGGAUGGUUCUUACAUGAACCCUAGACAUACACACGAUCCUCAUCACAUCAUGGAACAAGACUAUUUUCUUGCCUCCGCAAUCGUUGCUCCUCGUAAUGUCGCAGACGUACAAGCUAUUGUGCGACUUGCCAAUAAAAUCUCAUUUCCCCUUUGGCCUAUCUCUAUCGGAAGAAACUAUGGAUAUGGUGGUGCUGCACCAAGGGUCAGUGGUAGUAUCGUGAUGGACAUGGGAAAAAACCUGAACAGGGUCCUAGACGUCAACGAGGAAGGUGCAUAUUGCCUGGUAGAGCCUGGUGUAACAUUUCAUAAUUUGUAUGACUAUCUUGUGGCCAACAAUCUUUGGGAUAAACUUUGGAUGGAUGUACCGGAUCUUGGUGGCGGUUCUGUUCUCGGCAAUGCCGUUGAGCGAGGAGUGGGCUACACGCCCUACGGAGAUCAUUGGAUGAUGCAUUGUGGUAUGGAGGUCGUGCUACCAAAUGGCGAGCUUAUUCGGACUGGUAUGGGGGCUCUCCCAGACCCCGAACGCCCCGAAACUAUGGGUCUGAGGCCAGAAUACCAGCCCUGGAACAAAACUGCUCAUCUUUUCCCUUACGGUUUUGGCCCAUACAUUGAUGGACUUUUCAGUCAGUCUAAUAUGGGAAUCGUGACAAAGCUCGGUAUGUGGCUAAUGCCGAACCCGGGUGGAUAUCAAUCCUACUUGAUCACACUUCCCAAAGAAGAGGACUUGAAGCAAGCAGUUGAUAUCAUUCGGCCCCUUCGACUGAAUAUGGCGCUUCAGAAUGUGCCUACUAUUCGUCACAUCCUCUUGGAUGCUGCAGUGCUUGGUGAUAAGGCAUCCUAUUCCUCAAAGACCGAGCCUCUCUCCGACGAGGACCUGGACAGGAUCGCUAAGCAGCUAAAUCUAGGACGGUGGAAUUUCUAUGGAGCUCUCUAUGGACCUGACCGGAUCCGCAAUGCUCUCUGGGAGACGGUGAAAGAGGCCUUCUUGGUUAUUCCCGGUGUCAAGUUUUACUUCCCGGAAGACACCGCCGAGAACUCAAUUCUUCGUGUCCGUCACAAAACUAUGCAAGGUAUUCCAACAUACGACGAGCUCAAAUGGAUUGACUGGGUCCCUAAUGGCGCCCAUCUGUUUUUCUCUCCCAUUGCAAAAGUAGCCGGCGAAGAUGCAAUGUUGCAAUACGGAAUCACCAAACAGAGAUGCCAAGAGGCUGGCUUGGACUUCAUCGGGACCUUCACGGUCGGUAUGAGAGAGAUGCAUCAUAUCGUGUGUAUUGUAUUCAACAAAAAGGAUCUCCAGCAAAAGAAAAAGGUUCAGUGGCUCAUCAGGACGCUUAUCGACGACUGUGCGGCCAACGGAUGGGGCGAGUAUCGAACCCAUCUGGCUGUCAUGGACCAAAUCAUGGGAACCUACAACUGGAACAACAGCAGUUUCUUGAAAUUUAACGAGGUUAUCAAAAAUGCAAUCGAUCCCAAUGGCAUCAUUGCCCCUGGGAAGUCGGGUGUUUGGCCCACCAAAUACAGUCAAGUGGGCUGGAAACUGUGA